GAGCUCUCCGUACAGCAGGGGUGGGGCAGCUGCCCCAGCUCCCCAGCAGCAGAAUAUCCCCACCCCUCUUCUUCCUCACAGAGCGAAGCACUGCGCCGCCGCCAUGGUUGCAUCUGGAUGUGCUUCGAUGGGAGGAAGAAGACACAACCUCACAGCCAUCUGAAGAGGUAUGGGCCGUGCGGAUCAUUUACUCCGUGGCCUAGUUUCCUAACAGGGCAAUAGCCCAGCAUGUCUUUGCAUUCCAUGCUUCGUGCUCCUUUUAAAUAUAGCAGGGACAGCGGAGAUUGAAUGGACGCAAAAUCUACAAGAUUAGAAGAGCAAGUAAGAGGAGAAAGAAGCUAGAAGGCAGCAUUCCAAAUCUAGCUUCGAUGAUAUCGGGUAUUCCAAUUUCAUGGAGGCAGAUUGAGAGGGUCAAAGGGAAAAGAGGUCAGUGCUAGCGCUAUUGCAGUAGAGCCUUCGACCAUGGCUGCCCAGCUGCAGCCGCGGCCACAGUACAACGAUGGUGCUAGGGACACAAGCAUAGUUCAUUGUCAAUGGGUGCUGGCGCCGGGUGAAGACAUCGGAGGCUUGCCCCGCCUAAAAUUUUGGGUCAGCUCCGCCACUGGUCAAGAGGCCUUCCCAGUUUCUUCCAAAUUCGAAGAGAUCUAGAGAAGACGUCAACCGUACGCCACGAGUCAAACAAGAGAUGAGCAGCGAAUUGAAUCAACGCCAGAGAAACUAUGGAAGCAAACAUUAGGCGUCGUCAGCGCGGGAUAAGGACGCCGGAAGCCCGGAAGGAAGACAACACGCCCGCCUCUGCCUCUCUAUAAGACGGCGAUGGCGAGGAGCUAGAUCUUGCCGCCCGGUUCCCGUUCUGUUCACACAUCUCCAUAGCACAGAGCCGCACCACGAGCCUAGCUCUCGGACACGGCUAACCAAGCCAUGGCGACGACGUGCGUGCCAGCAGGAUCGCCCGGCGUCGGCGAGGCUCCUCCCCCGUGGAAGGCACCGCCGCCGCUGCUGUGCGCGGUCGUCGUCGUCGCCGCCGCCGCCGCAUGGUGCGCCGCGCGCGCGCUGGAGUGGGCGUGGCUGAGGCCGCGGCGCCUGGGCCGGGCGCUGCGUGCGCAGGGCCUCCGCGGCACGGCGUACCGGCCCCUCGCCGGCGACGCGCAGCUGGCCGACCGGCUCUCCCGGGAGGCCAGGUCCCGGCCGCCCCUGCCGCCGGGCUGCCACGCCGUCGUGCACAGGGCCAUGCCGCUCUUCCACCACGCCAUGGAGGAGCACGGCAAGACGUCGAUCACCUGGUUCGGCCCGGUGCCGAGGGUGACGAUCGCCGACCCGGCGCUGGUGCGGCAGGUCCUGUCCAACAAGUUCGGCCACUUCGAGAAGGUCGGCUUCGGGCAGCUCCAGCGGCUGCUCCACUACGGAUUGAGCACCCACGAGGGAGACAAGUGGGCCAGGCACCGGAGGAUCAUCAACCCCGCCUUCCACCUCGACAAGCUCAAGCGCAUGCUGCCGGCCUUCGCCUCGUGCUGCGCCGACCUGGUGAACAGGUGGGAGGCGGGCCCGGCCGCGGCGGGCGGCGGCGGCGAGCCGCGGUGCGAGGUGGACGUCUGGCCGGAGAUGCAGAGGCUGACGGGGGACGUCAUCUCCCGCGCUGCGUUCGGUAGCAGCUACCUCGAGGGCAGGAGGAUCUUCCAGCUCCAGGAGGAGCAGGUGCGCCUCGCCAUGCUCUCCGCCAGCAAGAUACACAUCCCGGGCUACAUGAUGCUGCCUACGAGGAUCAACCGGCGGAUGAAGCGGAUCGCGGCGGAGAUCGAAGGGAUCCUAAGAGGGAUGAUCGCCAAGAGAGAGGACGCGCUGAUAGCCGGCGAGGCCACCGCCGGCGACGACCUCCUCGGCCUGCUGCUGGAGUCCAACAUGGAGCAGUCCAGGGGCAGUAGUGACGGCGGAGGCCGCGGGGCGAGCUCCGGCAGCAUGUCCACCGACGACAUCGUCGGGGAGUGCAAGCUGUUCUACUUCGCCGGCAUGGAGACCACGUCCAUCUUGCUCACGUGGACUCUGGUGGUGCUCUGCAUGCACCCGGAGUGGCAGGACCGCGCCAGGGAGGAGGUGCUCCGGGUCCUCGGCGGCGGAACGACGCCGGACUACGACGGCCUCAGCCGCCUCAAAAUCGUGACCAUGGUGCUGUACGAGGUGCUGCGUCUCUACACGCCGCUGCCGGCGGUGCACCGGCGGACGUACAAGCCGAUGGAGCUCGGCGGCGUCAGGUACCCGGCGGGCGUGACGCUGGUGCUGCCGCUGCUGUGCGUCCACCACGACAGGGACGUAUGGGGGCCGGACGCGGACGACUUCAGGCCGGAGAGGUUCGCGGAGGGAGUUGCCGGGGCGUUGGGCGGGGACCGGCCGCCGGCGUUCUUCCCGUUCGGCGGGGGUCCAAGGACCUGCGUCGGCCAGAGCUUCGCGCUGCUGGAGGCCAAGAUGGGGCUCGCCAUGAUCCUGCGAGGCUUCGCGCUCGAGCUCUCGCCGUCGUACUCGCACGCGCCGUUCCCAGCGCCACUGCUGAAGCCGGAGCACGGCGCGCAGGUCAUGCUCACGAAGCUCCCCUGAGCUGCCUCUGCGUGAACAUAGUUUUGUGGAAGCGAGGAACAAAUAAUAAUUGGGUUGUCUAGACUAUAAAUCAACUGUAAUUUUGUCCAAAAUAAAAAAAAUAUAGUAUUGCACUAGCAAAAAUUAGCGUUAUUUGUGAUUAGAGGGAGUAUAUGUUUGUUAUACCUACAACUGAAUUGGAUCAGUUUUGAGAA